AUGAAUAGGUUGUGGGAUCAAAUUCGACGGUCUCAGGAUGAAGAUGAUGAAGAGAUGAUGGCCACCAACGCCAUUGUCAUUGCUGCAGUCGCAGAAGAAUCUGGAAACCAACACCGAGGGCGCGGUUCUCAUCCGGGUCGUGCACCAAAUGAGGAACGACUUAGAGAAGAAAGGGGCAAAAAUAUGUUGGCCGACUACUUUGUCGACCGGCCAGUGUUCAAAGAUUGGGAGUUCCGAACACGUUACAGGAUGAGUCUCAAUCUCUUCAAGCGUAUAUCUACUGACCUUUGCCAGUAUGAUCGUUACUUUGUUCAAAGGUCAGAUGCUACCGGCAAAGUCGAACUGCUUCCGGAGCAGAAGAUGACAGCUGCCUUGCGAAUGCUUGCUUACGGUGCAGGGGCAGAUCAAUGUGUUGAGUAUUGUCGGAUGGCGAAAUCCACCUCCGUCGCAGCCCUUCAGCAAUUUACACGAGGAAUUGUUGAUCUUUACUCGGCAGAAUACCUCCGCGUUCCUACUGCUGCCGACCUCAGACGACUUCUUGCCAAAGCUGAGAGGAGAGGUUGGGCUGGAGAAUAUAGUGGUAGGAAACAGAUCCCCACUAUCAUCCUGGAAGCAGUCGCAUCUUACGACGCCUGGAUUUGGCACGCAUUCUUUGGAAUGCCCGGGGCAUGCAACGACCUCAACGUCUUGGCAAAGUCUCCGUUGUUUGAUGAGCUUACCGCCGGUAGAGCACCUCUGAUCCAAUUCCAAGUUAACAACAGAUUUCACAGUUUAGGGUACUAUCUUGCAAACGGUAUUUAUUCUCGAUGGGUGACUUUCUUGAAAACAGUUCGAAAUCCUACACGCCCCAAAGAAAUCGAGUUUGCAAAGGCUCAAGAGGGGUAUAGGAAGGAUGUAGAAAGAUGUUUUGGUAUAUUACAGUCACGGUUUGGUAUUGUUAGAGGAGCUGCUCAUGGGUGGCAUAAAGAGGACCUUCGAUACAUCAUGUUGACUUGUAUUAUAUUACACAACAUGAUUGUCGAGGAUGAACGACCUGAAGACAGCGAUGAUGAGUUGGAGUCCGAUGAUGAAGAGGAUAACACUAUGAGGCCCAGGAUUGCUGAGGUAUGGGAGGGACCAACCGGUAGAGACUUUGAUCCUGUUGGUAGAGAUGCUCAUCAUAUGAACGGAUUCAUGGACCACUACCAACAAAUUAGAUAUGAGCACAGUCACUCCAACCUUUAG